UCCAUUACAAUCUUGCAAGAUUGGCCUAGUUCAAUAUAGGCUAGUUCAGAUAACUCGAUUCUAAUCAGACAAAUGUAUAAAUAAAUACAGUGUCAAAGACAAAAAUGUUUGUCCUCUAGUUUAACAUUUCAUGGCGACAUGACUUUUGCUUGUUGUGUCUACUACCCCACAUUGCGCUGCUUUCCGCGCGGGGCGUGGGUCCGUUUCAGAUGCGCACUGCACGGGCACAGUUCUAAAUGCAAAGAGCGCUCCCAGCUUCUGACCAACGACAGCUCUACGCCGCGGUGACUGUCAAGUGAAAAUGGGUCUCGAAAAGGUGAAUUACGAAACGAGCAUUAUCAUGGACGAGGACGAGUUCAACAGAUCAAUCGAACCGAUUCUGUCGAAAAAUGACAAAGUAUAUGCGGCGAUUCCAGACCGAGAUCACAAUGACAUAAAUGCGCACUUAAAGGUUGGUUUUGACGAUGUGAUAGCAGAGCCCAGUUCGAGCCACAGCUUCGACAAAGUAUGGAUAGGAAGUCACGCUGUCUUCGAACUGGUCAAAUAUGGCUUCUACCUAAUAUUGACCACCAUCCUUGCUGUGCCCAUGGCGUUUAUCCUUGGUAUUGUCUUCGGGGUCUUCAGCUGUGUUCAUAUUUGGGUGCUAAUGCCGGUGGUGCGGAGCUGUCUAAUGGUGCUGCCCUCUAUCCAGGUGGUCUGGAGCAGCCUGACAGACAUGCUCGUCACCCCCCUAUUCCACAGUAUGGGCCGGUGUCUGUCAUCAGUUCACGUCAAGACCACAGACAACUGAUAGGGGCUUUCCUUCCCUGUCAUGAAGACGCACAGAGUGGGGAAAGCCGUGGGUCGGAUGAGAGAGACUUAAAAAGGAUUUAUUUAAGGCUCUAACUUUUUUGACAUACGUCUAAGUGGAAAAAUAAGAUAUCCUUUACUCAUAUUUGUGUUGAAAUAUUUAAGCUCUUUAUAAAGCCAACAUCAACACUCCAUAAUAUCUGCUAGAAUUAUGAUAUAAUCAUUUAUAAGAAGGCUAACGGCUACCUGUAAAGUAAUGAUAUGUUUAUAAGUGGUCAUAAAGGUUGAUUGGGGUAAACUUCCCUUAGACAACACCAUGACACCAUCUGGGUAAUAACAUGAUCCAACACAAUCAUUUAUAUCAUGUGGAAUUUCACAAAAGAUUAAUAAUAAGGUUUGAUUUUUAUAGAAGUUAUUGUGUCCAGCUUUAUAAAGGGUUUUUAUGUAUACUGCCAAAAGGACCAUUUUGAAUUUGACCAAAACAAAUUCUUGUCAUUCCAUAGUUCUGAUUCUAAAGAACUGUUUUAAUCAUAUUCGAUCAGAUCAGGGCAACAUGGUUUUUGACGAUAAGGCAUCAUACCAUCCCUGACAGCAGACAUGUAAUAUUUGUGUCGUUUCUGCUUUUUAUGUGAUGUAUAUAUAGCAGAGAAUUCAGCUGGAAAUUGAAUGAAUGAAUUCCUUCAUAUGUUUUCUGUAAUAGAGUGUACAUAGAUCCAAGAUUCUGGGAUGCAGCUUAUUGCAUACUUGAGCAGCCUUAUUUUUCUACUGCUGUGUUGAACUCGCAGUGCUUUGGAUAUAUUUUUGGGCGUUAGCUUUUAUACUAAGGGGCAGUUUCCCGGACAUAGAUCAUAGAUUAAGCCUAGAAAUUCUCUAUUAAGCUUCCUUUUUGUCUCCAUUAUGCUUGCUUUUCUGUGUCCGGGAAACCGUCCCUAAAAAACCUACGGUAAAAACCUAAGACAGUUAUAUACAUUUAAACAAGAAGUGGACUAAAUGUCCAAUAUAAUAUAAAACACGAGUAUUGGCUCUCUAACUUACUAUUUAUAGGCCACGCACAUUUGUCAUGUUUCAUGAUUGUCCAUGUUUUGAUUGAAGUCAUGAAAAAACUGGACAGAACUUGCUGCUUGUGUUCCUUAAGAUAAUGAGGUGAAUACACUCCAGUUAAUUAUAUUGAGUGAAGCCUUGAUACACUUGUCAGGUACAUGGCCUACACACUUAGAAAAACAUAAAAUGUACUAUCUAGAACCUAAAAGAGUUCUUCAGCUGUCCCCAUAAGAGAACCAUUGGAAGAACCCUUUUUGGUACCAGGUAGAACCCUUAUGUGUUCCAUGUAGAACCCUUUCCACAGAGGGUUCUACAUGGAACUCAAAAGGGUUAUAAUUGGAAACAAAAAGGGUGCUCUUAUGGGGACAGUCGAAGAACCCUUUUGGAACCCUUUUUCUAAGAGUGUAGGUGCUGCUGAGCUUGUUUUUAGCAGCUAGUAGUAGCUAGCGUGCAUGCUUUACUUCAAAACCCAACUAUAGAGAGAAUCUCUACAGACAGAUAUCUGACAGAAAUAUCUGGCAGAUGGUGCCACCAGUUUUUCGCAGCUCAUAUCAAUAUUAGGACUCACACAAGACCCUGUGCUUUGUUUCACCUUUUACUGCAGUGUGCUGAAUCAGGGUCACACUGAGUGUUUCUUGGUAGUCUUAAACAAAUCUACUUUGAAACAAAGGUAUACCUCACACAUGUGGUUAUGGGCUUAAAAAAGACACCUGUACCAUGUCAGAUAUAGAGUUGGAAUGUAUUCAUUCAUGGAAUGUAUCCCAUUAUUAGCCUUUACAUACAUCACAGAAGACUAAAAUAUCAACAACAAAAUCAUUUGACGUAGAAACACCGGAUUUUCUGUUAUAAAAUACAUGUAUGUUUAUUCAUUAUGAAAUUAUAAAAAUGAUUAAUAACAUUCCACCCAUGAGGCCACUAGAGGGCAAGUUUGUCAUUUGACUGCAAGAAAGGGACAAUCAAGCGCAGAGGUUCUCUCAGUGACUUCUAAUCAUUCGGCUAUAAAGCAAGACAGUUCACAGACCAUGUCUGUACUUGGCUGAGUUGGUUCUUCUCUACCGAGAGAAAAUUGCAGGUGGGAUUGUAUCGGUGUUGAGUUUGGGCUGGAGUUUUUUUUAAUGAGAUGAAACAAUGUAGUAAAAAUGGAAAACGAUAUGAUUCUAAUUCUGCUCAACAAGUAUUCUUUGAUUUGUGUAAAGUACCAAAAAUGACCCUUUUCUUCACAAAUAAAGAUUCUUAUUUCUAAAAUGUU